AGUCAAUUCACAAUUUUUCUCGUUCUUAGCGCUGGCAAGAAGAGGGAUGAUGUUCUCCCUUCCCUUCGCCGUCGUUGUGAGCGCAUCGUUCCUGCUGACGGCGCGCCUCGCUCUGGCUCCUGGGUCGGGGGAGGCGGCUUCCCGUCCGCGAAUUCGCAGGCACGCGAUCGCCUACGCGGAGGCUGACACAGACGCGGAGGCGGAGGCCGAGGCGGACCCGCUCUUCAGCGACCCGCCGGGAGGGAGGUGGAGGAAGCACAAAUACGGCGCUCAUAGGGUUACCGUUGGACGGCUUGGGGUUCGCUUGAGGGCGCUGGGACGCCGUCGAUGAAAAUCCACGAAACAAAUUUUUUUUUUCUCUCUCUCUCUCCUUCUCUCCCUUGUUUCACAAUCUGCCGUUACGAAAAUGAUUGAGUCGUCGAGAAGCCGAGUGCGAAUGUCCGUCCAUCUCUACUGAAUCGAUACGUCCGGAUUCCUGUUCAAUCUCUCAUAUUCCCUGCCGAAGCAAAGAAGCGUUCCUCUCAGUGCGUCCAAUUCAAUUUCCUCAGAAGCUUCUGAGGAAAGAGAGGGGACGAGUGGGCGAGAAGUAAAGUCCUGUAUCUCGCGUCAUCCGUCCAGGAAAAUACAUACAUUUUCCCAGAACUUCUCUUCGUAUCAGUGUGCAUGCUCAUUCAUUUCCUGCUUAUUAAAAAUGUAGGUUUCUAAUAUGUUGCUUCUUUGCAGAAUUUGAUUGUACCGGAAUCUGAUAAUUGAUUCGCAUGUUCUCUGUGGGGCUUCUCUCAUAUCGGUGAUUCAUGAUUAAUAUUAAUUUAGUGAGCC